AUGAGUAGAUACGGAUUACGUUUCUUUAGAACUCCAAGCCAAAAGGAAGAUCGUGCCCUAACAGUAGAACCAUCCAAUGAGAGUUUAAUCACUGUGAGGAAAUUAUUCAUGAUUGAGUGCAAGAUGGAAAUUCUAAAUAUUUUGCAAUUGGCAAGUGAUCAUGAAUCUGUAAUGGGAAAUUUAAAAGAAGAUGAAACUGAUUCUGAUUCUGAUAAAAAAAUAGUAUCAAAAUCUUCAGCUGAAGAGAGAAUUAAAUAUUAUUCGAAUCAGUUGGAGGAAUCAAAAAAGAUUGUGCAAGAUUUGGACUUUAUUCAAUUGGUUGAGAAUGAAAAUAAUUUGGACGCAUUGGAAAGAUUAAAAAUUCGAGUGGUGGAUCCAGAGGAAAUAAACUAG